CCUCAUCAUAGCCUUUUGGAUCUCUCAUCCUAACAGGAACAUAUCCUCCUCUCGGAACUUUACGCCGUCCUCUCGAUCUCAGGCUAUCAGACAGUCUGGUCUCACGUCGGAUCAAUAUUCUUCUACUUUUCCAAACAUAGUUGCUUGAAGAUGUCUGAUCAAGCGAUUAUCCGCAUCACAAGGGAGAUCAAGCAGAUAGAGAACAGUGCCGACCUUUCGAUUGCAGUUGACUACGAUGAAAAAGACAUUCGAAAUGUGCGCGCGGUCAUUCUGGGACCACCAGAGACGCCGUAUCAGUUUGGUUUCUUUGAGUUCAGCAUCAAGUUUGGAAAAGAUUACCCUGCGCGUGCUCCAAGCGUAAGGGCUCUGACGACCAAUUCGGGAGUUUGUAGAUUCAGCCCGAAUCUGUAUGCUGGAGGGAAGGUCUGCUUAUCGAUUCUCGGAACAUGGACCGGCCAGCCAGGAGAACAAUGGUCAUCAGCACAAGGACUAGAGUCAGUCCUGAUUUCUAUCCAAAGUCUCAUGUCCUCAAACCCUUACGAGAACGAGCCAGGGUACGAACACGCCAAGUCGCAAACAGACGAGGAAAAUAUGGCGCAUUAUAAAGCGAAGAUCCGCCAUGAAACAAUACGCAUAGCAGUCCUUCAACCCCUGGAGUCCGCCAUGGGUAUCUCGCUCGACGCAACCUCGAAAUCGCCGGGGUACGAAAAAUACCUGUCGGAAGCCGAUGAUAGUUCUGAGGAUGAGAACCACACCUCUACCAAUGCGUUCAUUGAUCUGCGGAAACGCCGUUUCCUCUGGUAUUACGAUUCAUACGUGCAGCUCAUCCAGAGCGAAUCAGCGAAAGAGACCAUCACACCCAAGCUCCCGUUCCACCGAAUGCCCUUUGAAAGCCAUGGCAAUACCAUGGACGGUCAUUUUGACUACCCAGAGCUCCAGCAACGACUAAUGUACCUUAAAGGCAAGAUCAUGGACGAAACCAAGAACUGGCAGGCACAGGGGCUAGAAGCCAAAAAGAACGAACUAGGCAUCGCAGUCAACCUCCAGAGGCAGUACGAGCAAAUCGUUGAAACCCUGAAAAACCACAAAAACUACUCGAUUGAUUUGACUCUUGUCAACGGUAACCCCUUUCUCUGGAAGCUCACGUACUUUGGCCGCCCAACCACACCCCUGGAGGGCGGCAUUAUCAAGAUCCGUAUCCACCUGAGUCCCCGAUUUCCCGAAGAACAGCCCCGUAUUUUCGUCGAGACGCGCCUCUUCCACGUCCGGGUGUCAAAGGAGGGCGUCCUAUGCUAUUUUCCCCGAAGAAUCGAGGAGAUGCGUCAACACGUUGAAGCGAUCGUUGCCGUGUUAGAGGAGCAAGAGCCCCCUUAUGAUCCGCGCACAACGGUCAAUAUUGAAGCAGCGAAACUGUUCUGGGGUUCACCAGAGGACCGUAAGAAGUACAAAAGGACGCUGCGGAGGGAUGUGGAGAGGUCUGUUGAGGAUGCUUUUGAGUAA